GGCGGCGGCGGCGGCGGCGGGGCCGGGCCGGGGCCGGGCGCUGGGGGGGCCGGAGCCGGAGCCGGAGCCGGAGCUGGAGGCGGGCGAAACCGGAGCGGCCGGGGGCGGCCACGGGGAUGAGCCGGGCCUGGCGGACGCGGCGCCAUCGCAGUCAGACAGCUGAACCCAGAGAAGUUAAGUCAUUUGCUCAAAGCCACCUUGCUGCCCCGGAAGAUUGGGCCAAAGGGACUUGAGAGCGAUCCAAGAGGCUUCCCUGGACCUAUGGGACUGCGCUACGCUGCUGCGUCGCGUGGAGAAGGAAGAGGCCCCGCAGAAGGGACUCGCUGAGCCUCCCCCGCUCUGCUCCAUGUUGGCUGUGCCCUCAGGCUGGCGCCAUGCCCCCUCCAGCGGAGGUGACGGACCCGUCGCAUGCCCCCGCUGUCCUGCGUCAGCUCAAUGAGCAGCGGCUCCGAGGCCUCUUCUGUGACGUCACCCUCAUAGCUGGAGACACCAAGUUCCCUGCUCACCGCAGUGUCCUGGCUGCUUCCAGUCCUUUCUUCAGAGAGGCCCUGCUUGCUUCAGCUCCACUCCCUCUCCCACCAGUUACUGGGGGCUCUGCCCCUAACCCGGCCACCACCACAGCUGCCUCCUCCUCCUCUUCCUCCUCCUCCUCCUCUUCUUCUUCCUCCUCCUCUUCUUCUUCUUCCUCCUCUUCUCCCCCUCCGGCCUCACCCCCCACUUCCUCCCCACCCCGGGUCCUGGAGCUGCCAGGGGUCCCCGCAGCUGCCUUCUCUGAUGUCCUCAACUUCAUCUAUAGUGCCCGGCUUGCUCUACCUGGCGGCGGAGGGGACGGGGCAGCGGUGGCAGAGAUCGGAGCUCUGGGGCGGCGUCUGGGCAUCUCCCGCCUGCAGGGCCUGGGGGAGGGAGGCGAUGCCUGGGUACCUCCUGCCCCAGCACCCAUGGCCACCUCACAGCCCGAAGAUGACAGUUUUGGGCCAGGGCCGCGGCCUGCCGGGGAGUGGGAGGGGGACCGGGCUGAGGCCCAGGCCUCUGACUCGCAGGCCCCCCUGUCCCGUCGGCCCCUCCCCUGCCCGCGCUGCGGGAAAAGCUUCAUCCAUCCCAAACGGCUGCAGACCCAUGAGGCGCAGUGCCGCCGUGGGGCCGGCACCCGGGGUACUGCGGGGCUGGCCUCCGGGGGCUCAGCCCCCAGCGGUCCCGCCGGCGUGGAUGCCUCGGCCCUGCCGACGCCAGUGGGCUUCCGCGGCGGCCCGGAGCACGUGGUGAAGGUGGUGGGGGGCCACGUGCUGUACGUGUGCGCCGCCUGCGAGCGCUCCUACGUGACGCUGUCCAGCCUGAAGCGGCACAGCAACGUGCACUCGUGGCGCAGGAAGUACCCGUGUCGCUACUGCGAGAAGGUGUUCGCGCUGGCGGAGUACCGGACCAAGCACGAGGUGUGGCACACUGGGGAGCGCAGGUACCAGUGCAUCUUCUGCUGGGAGACCUUUGUCACUUAUUAUAACCUGAAGACCCACCAGCGAGCCUUCCACGGCAUUAGCCCCGGGCUCUUAGCCAGUGAGAAGACACCCAAUGGAGGCUACAAGCCCAAGCUUAAUACCCUCAAGCUGUACCGCCUGCUUCCCAUGCGGGCUGCCAAGCGGCCCUACAAGACCUAUAGCCAGGCCGCCCCCGACGCCCCCCUCUCUCCAAGCCUCAACACACCGGCCCCGGUAGCCAUGCCUGCCAGCCCCCCGCCCGGGCCCCCUCCCGCCCCGCAGCCCGGCCCCCCGCCCUCCGUCAUAGCAUUUGCCCACCCUGCUCCCUCGGUCAUUGUUCAUGGGCGCAGCAGCAGUGGUGGAGCAGGGGGGGGGCCGGCCACCGCAGGGGGAGCCCAAGCCGCCUCGGUCAUCACUUACACUGCACCCCCGAGGCCCCCCAAAAAACGUGAGUACCCACCGCCUCCCCCCCAACCUGCAGCCACGCCGAGCAGCCCCACCACCGCGGGCAGCCCGGCCACCGCCGCGGGCCCGGCCACCGCCACGGAGGAGGCCAAGGGCCGCAACCCACGGGCUGGAAGGACUCUGACCUACACGGCCAAGCCAGCCGGCGGGAUUGGCGGGGGUGGGGGUCCCCCUGCGGGGCCUGGCCGGGGCCCCUCUCAGCUCCAGGCCGCACCUCCACUGUGUCAGAUCACUGUGCGCAUCGGUGAGGAGGCCAUUGUCAAGCGCCGCAUCUCAGAGACUGACCUGCGCCCCGGGGAGCUGAGCGGGGAGGAGGUGGAGGAGAGCGAGGACGACGACGACGACGAGGACGACGACGACGACGACGACGACGACGAGGAAUCGCGGGCCGGCGGGGAGGACCAGCUCUGGCGGCCCUACUACUCCUACAAGCCCAAGCGCAAGGCCGGGGCGGCGGGCGCGGGCAGCGGCGGGGGCGGCGCGCUGCCCCGAGGCCGCCGACCGCCGCGCUGGAGGCAGAAGCCGGAGCGCAGGAGCUGGGAGGACGCGGCGGCCGCCGAGGGCCCCGCGGGGCGCGCCCGGGCCGAGCGGAGGCACCGCUGCGGGGACUGCGCCCAGACCUUCGCCACCGUGCGGAAGCUGCGCAAGCACCAGGAGGCGCACGGCGGCAGCGCGCAUGGGGCCCGCGGCGGCCGCAGGCCCUCCAGCCGCUUCGCUUGCCCGCACUGCGCCAAGGUGUGCAAGACGGCGGCCGCCCUGAGCCGCCACGGGCAGAGGCACGCGGCCGAGCGGCCCGGGGGCACCCCUACGCCCGUCAUCGCCUACUCCAAGGGCAGCGCUGGCGCCAGAGCCGCGGAUGUCAAGGAGGAGGCCCCCCAAGAGAUGCAGGUGUCCUCGUCCAGCGGGGAGGCGGGGGGCGGGAGCGCCGCGGCUGCCGCGGAGAGAGCGCCCGAGGCCGCCUCUCUGCAGGACCCUGUCAUCUCGGGGGGUGAGGAGCCCCCGCUUGUGGCGGGAGGGGGCACCUAUGCCUAUCCGCCGGUGCAGGAAUUUCCCCUAGCUCUGAUCGGGAGCGGCAGGGAACCUGGCGGCGGGAGGGGCAAAGCUGGCAGUGAGGGGCCGGUGGGCGCUGGGGAGGGGGACCGCGUGGAGGGGAUGGGGGCUGCCAAAGUCACCUUCUAUCCAGAACCCUACCCGCUCGUAUAUGGCCCUCAGCUCCUUGCCGCCUACCCUUACAACUUUAGCAACCUGGCUGCUCUCCCGGUUGCUCUUAACAUGGUCCUACCUGAUGAGAAGGGUGGGGGGGCCCUUCCCUUCCUUCCGGGGGUCUUUGGCUACGCAGUCAAUCCUCAAGCCGCGCCCCCUACUCCCCCAACCCCACCUCCCCCGACCCUUCCCCCACCUGUCCCCCCUAAGGGAGAAGGGGAAAGGGCAGGACUUGAGAGAACCCAGAAGGGAGAUGUGGGGUGAGCUCUGGGCCCACCUCCCCCCUUUCACCAGAUGCCACCCUCCCUGAACCCCCUGCCACUACCAGCUCCCUGGCUUCCCUGCCCCUUGGGAGCCCCUCCACACUCUUGUGCAGGGACUUGGGGGCCCCUGGAGCUCAGGGGUCAGGCUGCUUUGUGUGAGAUUGUAGUUUUCCCAUCUCCUGGGAAGGGAUCUUGGGUGGUUCCCCUCUCAGUUCUCCUCCAGGGAAUGGCCUCCGUGAGGGGCAGGGCCAGCUCCCAUCCUUUCUCCAGCCCUCGGGGCAACUGAGCAAUAUACUUACAUGAAUCUCUCUACUCACGGCCCCCACCAGCUCUGAAUGUCUAACCCACCCUCCUGAUUGGUAAACCCGGGGGGGGGGGGGAACCAUCUCUCUCACCUAGUGACCUCCCCUCAUUCUGAAGCUUUCUCUAAGCCCCUGCCUAGACGCUUCCUAGCACAUUCCAUUCUUUGUGGCCCAGGGCCUGGACCAGACCAUUGUGAUACCUGACCCCUGCCCAUCUGGGAGCAUGGCUUCUGGUUCCAUUCUCUCCAGGGGUGGGUUUCUGUGUCCCUGUCUUCUUCACGUGACGAUGCCAUGCCUUCCUGGCCUCCCAUGCCUUUGGGUCUUCCAUAUUGCUCCUCGCUCUCCUACUCUGGAGAUGGCCUCUUCCGAUUCAGGUCAAGGAGGUGUUGCCGGGAGGGCUACCCGUCUGUUCCACGGCUGAGUACUUUCCCAGCCCAGGGCAGCAUGAAUCUUGGCCCUAUCUUGACCCCCAAAUCCAGUGAGCUCCAGAUUCUUCCAAGGCAAAGAGGUGAGCAGAUCGCACCUCUUCCUGCCUCUACCUAUGGCCUCUUCUGGGCUAAAUCAGAUUUGGGGGUCAGUGGGGAGGAGCUCCAUAUGGGAUGGGGAAGGGAAUCUACUUUCUCCCUUUUUUUUUUUUUUUGUUUUGUUUUUGCUUCCUGAUGGUUUCUCCCAGACUAGACCAAAUAGCCAGAAAAGUGAUGGGGGUUGGAUGGGUGGCUAAGCCCAAGAUUUGCACAUGACCUCCCAUCCUUACCUUUACCUCCAUCUUCCCCAGUGUCGUUUCCUCACCAUUCACUCCAGGUGGUUUUUGGGGAACCAUCCUACUCCCUUGGUGGGCUUUGGGGUAUCCCCACCUACUUUUCCUCCAGAAUAGCACCUUACACCCCAUCUUUGACUCAGUUCCCCACACCCAAAGAUCCCAGCCUAGGGAUGGGGUGCAGGGACCUUAAACAGUCCCUGAUCCCUAAUUUGCACUAGUUAACCCUGGUCAGGGGUCCAUAUGUUUCCUUCCAGCGGGGGAGUUGAAGAAAUGUUUGCUCCUAAUUCUCUUUGACGACCGGGCAUCCCCACUCUGUGAUUGGAUAAACGUUUCCCAACCCACCCCCCAAAAAAAAACAGCUCACAAGGGGAGAGCCAGUUUGGGGGAGCAAAUCUGGUAAAUGGGAAUUAGAGGAGUGCAGUUUAAAACGGGGAAAGGCUGCCACCAUUUAGAUGGGAGCUUUAUCCUAGCUACUGUUUUCCGGGGCCAAGAUGGCUGCCCUCUUUCUCGGCUAAAAGGGCAAGAUCAUGGCUUU